AUCUUUUAUCUUUUUGAAAACGCUAUAUGUGAUCAUACUGACUAGAAAAUAAGAUUAACAUGCAUGUUUAAACAGGGUUUUCAGAUCGUCACAGACAAAUGAAAUUGUUUAUAUUAAUACCCGUAUUACAACAGAUAAAAAAAAAAUGAUAUUUCACGAACUCCCGUUUCCUUUGACAAGUGUAAACCGGAUGUGCGACCGGUGGCUGGUGUUGACACAUAUUUUUUCCCCCACUAUCGCACACAUUAUGGAACACGAACCGCCGAAACACCGUUUUACCCGCUUCUACGUCACCACCACGGUAGAAUCCAGGCGAAAUUUCAGAAUCAUAAUGGAAGCUUUCACUGUCUACUGUUUGUCUCUGGAGAUUGUCAUUCUUACCAACCGCCAAAUAACCAAUCAAAAUAACUUCGCUCACGACUAUGCUUUCGAAAUAAUCAUAUCAGCCUUUGGCAUGGGGAUAGUAAUGGAGAUCAUUUUGUUGAUAAAAGACUUUCCAACAGGCGUUGUUUAUGAGUGUAUGGAUGAAUGGCACAAAUUGCAGCUCCUUCUUCAUUUCGGAGGAUUUUUCUUGACAGCAGUGGGUAUUAUCACAAUGGCAGUUUCAGAAACAAGCGUUCACGAAAACGAAUUUACUGUUACUAUAGGUGCCCUAGUAACAUCAAUAAUCAACGCCACGUGGUACACGGUUUCUAAAAUCUACGAAAAAGUCGUAAACGUGUCUGUGCCCGCCAUUACCAUCACCGAUACGGAAAAGGAAGAGACUAUGGUGCUGGAGGGUCCAUUCCGUGGGAAAACAUGGCUUCAAAGGCCUAUGCACAGAAAACAAGACAAACACUUGCUCGUGGCUCCUGAUAUUCUGGGCUCUAACCCCAUCCACAAGGGAAACAGUCGCUUUCUGAAGAUACCGUCGGAAGUGCUUCUGGAACAAGCUAUUAACCGGGAGAGAUAUGAAGAAGAAGGUGUAUGUUCCUCUCCUGGACAGGAGCAAGAACUGUGUGAAGAACACCAAAGAAAACGUGAAAAGACUGACAUUACAGAAAGUAGUGAAACAAGCUUCACGGUCGUGGAGUAAAUGCAUUGUGCAUAUAGUUGAGAGCAAUAUUGAACUGGGUUUUUCAACUUGAGAGGGACGUUAAACAAUAUACAAUCAAUCAAUCGAUAAACCUGAGAAAUCCCUUGUCAACCGAAGCCCA